AUGAGUGUUCCACCUUUGCCUCCUAAUGAGGGUGUGGUGGAAGUCUGGAUGCCUGCAUUGGCACCUUUUGCUAAAAUUCUCUUUAGAGAUGAUGAUGAGGAUGAUCUCUAUAUGACACCCCCACCUGAGACUGUACAUAAUGAGAAUGCCAAUAAUAGUGAAGAUGAGGAUGAUCUGUAUAUGACUCCUCCACCUGAGAAUCUCAAUGGACAUGUUGAAAACCAAGAGGCAGUUGAAGAGGCUGCCCAUGUGGAUGUGACUAUGACAAGCCCUUACCACCCUCUACCGCCUGCAACGUAUCAAGGACUCGCUGCCUAUCGAGUCAUCCGUUGGGACCCAUCCGAAGUCAUCUGUUGCAUCGGAGAAGACUUGUUCGUACCAGACGAACAUCGUCACGUGAUCAACCAGCAUCUCCUCAGGCUCUUCGAGGAGAAGAUCAAUACAGACCAACCUUUCUUGGAACAAGCCCAACGACGAGCAGUCGUAUUCAUUCGGACUCCUGAGCAUGAGCGCCAGACUGUGCGGGAGCAAGAGCGUGCUGAAAGGCUUCAGAUGACUUCUCCUACUCUUCGGCGCGAGCGUUCUGCAUUACGAGGCUCUAUUCGUCAGCCUGUCUUUGAGGAUCUCUCUAGACCUUCCCAUCCUGUCACUUCUAAUCCUGCUCAGCCUCCUAUUUCUCUUGCACCACCCAUUCAGCUUCACCAGCCUGCCACACUUGCUCCUCCUGUCCAGUCAUACUAUUCUGCAGUUGCUGCUCCCUCUGCUCCAUCAUAUUAUCCUGCUCAAUAUGUUCCUCCCCAUUUUUAUCCUGCUCCCAUGUUCCAACACUCUGUCUAUCAUGGUGCUACGGCUUACCAAAUUCCUGGACAGUAUCCUAUCUAUGCUCCUCCUCCAAUGCCUGCACCACCACCUCAUUAUUGGCCUGUGAAUGUUUCUGCCUAUCCUAAUCUUCCACGACACUUGAUUGGGAAUCAUGAUAGACAGGCUCGCAUACGUCUUGCAGCAGCUAACCAUCCUGAUUAUGAGCAUCGUAUGAUGGAGAAUUUUGAAAGGACUCAUGCAGAACGUGGACGUCGUCGUAGAGAAAGCACAAGGCCUGAACCCAAUAACCCUCCUCAUCCUACAUCUUCAAUAAGACAACAGGAAGAGAAUAAUCAUUAUGCAAUUCUUGACCAGCGACAUCAGCAAGAUAUUCAGCAGCAGCAGCACCUUCAUCAUCAGCUUGAUCUUGCAGAGCAGGCACAUCAUCUAGACCUUGAAGAGCAGGCAUAUCAGCAUAACCUUGCUAUCCAACAAAAUAAUCAAGCUGUAGUGGCUCAUCAGGCUCUCCAAAAUCUGCCUCUAGGUCGCCGUCCAUAUCAAGAGCCUAUUGCACGUCACAGCCUUGGUCUUAUGAAUAUAGAAUGUGCUCACUGUCUUGCACUCCAUUUCUCUUCUGAACGUCUUACCAACUCCAGUCGUAUCCACCCUCGCUUUGGCAUGUGCUGCUUACAGGGUCAGAUCAGAUUGCCUGCAUUUUUACAACCUCCCCCAACCUUGCGCCGACUGCUUUGGGAAGGUGGUUCAGUUCCAAAAUUUUUUAGAGAUCAUAUCAGGCAGUACAACAGUGCAUUUGCAUUCACUUCUAUUGCUGCCAAGCUAUCAGAUCAUGUUACCUCUACCUCUGGGCCUUAUUCAUUUAAAAUUCAUGGGGAACUGUCUCAUAAGAUGGGAAGCUUGCUACCACCUAACAACAUCAAACCCUCCUAUGCUCAGCUUUAUGUUAUUGAUCCUCAGGCUGCACUUAAUGAGCGCAACAAUAAUAAUGCCAACUUGAGAUCUGAAAACAUGAAUGACUUGCAGGAUAUGUUUCAUACACACAAUCCUUAUGUUCCUUUGUAUCGUCAUGCCUAUCAAAUCCUGGCAGAAAAGAACCCUGGAGAGAAUGACAAGAUUUCAGCUCGCAUCACAGUCUUGCCUAAUGCCGAUCAUCGUCGCUAUAAUGAGCCUACUGUUGAUGAGGUUGCUGCUAUUAUACCUGGGAAUGGAGAUGAGGAAGUGGAUUUGCACAGGGAUAUUGUUGUCCGCUAUAACUAUGGAGGUCUAAAGCACUUUAGCCAUCUUCACCCUCACUACAGUCCCCUACAUUAUGUGACAUUGUUUCCACAUGGCGAACAAGGCUUUCAUCCCAAUAUUCCUGCUCAUCCUGGACUUAAUGGCCAAAUGCUCUCAUCCAAGGUGUCUCAGCGCUGUUAUUAUGCAUAUCGUCUUAUGCGCCGUUUGCUUGAACCUGAAACUAUCUUCAGAGCUGGCAAGCUAUUUCAGCAAUAUGUGGUUGAUGCUUGGGCAUCUAUUGAGUCUAGCAACCUUUUCUGGAUCAGGAACCAUCAGAAGGAGAUUAGGGCAGACAAGUACCAGUCACUGUUUGAUGCCAUUCAUGCAGAAGCAGGAAAAGAAUAUUGGCGGCACAAAGGUCAAGGUCUGUAG